AUGCUUUGGGAGAACUACGCGUCGGCUCUUCGAUGGUGCGCCAAGACCAGGUCGCUCGCCCAGGGAAAACGAAUCCAUUGGGCGCUGAUCGAGGAAUUGGGCGACCAUCCUGGCGCGCUCUUGGGGAAUCUCUUGAUCGGCAUGUAUGGGAGGUGUGGCUGCUUGGGAGAGGCUCGCGAGGCGUUUGAGAGGUUGAGCGAGAGAGAUGGGUCGUCCUGGGACGCGAUGCUGGGAGCGUAUGCCCAGAAUGGGGAUGUGGGCGGUGCUAGGCGGUGCUUCGAGACAAUGCCGACGAGGUCCAGCGGCUCGUGGCGCGGUUUGCUGUGGGCAUUGGCGCGCAGUGGGCGGGGAGGCGAGGCGAUGGAGAUGCUCAGCAGGAUGGAUCAGGAAGGCGUGGAGAUCCAGCUCGCAGCGCUCGCCGCCGCCGUGAGCGCGUGUAAGAACCUCCAGCAAGGGAUCGCCAUUCACGAAGAGAUUGCUACCCGCGGAGUAGAGUGGGAGGCGAUUCUUGCAACAGCACUUAUAAAUAUGUUUGUUAAGUUGCGUUGCUUGCAAAGAGGCAAGGAUUUGUUUGAUAGAGUUCGCCCUUCCAGCCCAGUGGCGUGGACAAUUCUCAUUGUAGCAAAUGCCCAAGAAGGGCAUCUUGAUAUAGCGCAGCACCUCUUUAGAUACAUGCCAGAAAGAAACUUGAUCUCAUGGACAAGUAUGAUCACAAUACUUGCAAGAGCCUCCCAAAUCCACGAAAGCUGGAGCUACUUCCAAAAAAUGCCAAGCCGAAGCGUAGUCUCUUGGAACGCUAUCAUUGCAGCAUUUACCUUAACAGGGCAUCCAUGUCAAGCACUAAAAUGCUUUGGAGAGAUGGACCUUGACGGCGUGGAGAUGGAUUCCAUCACCUUCAGAGGCCAGAUCGAGGAGGCACAGCGCGUCUUCGACCAAAUGCCUACCACCGCCAUCGACACCGUCUCGUGGAACGCGCUCCUCGCAGCCUACACUCGCGGCGGGCGGACGAUCGAGGCCGCCAGGAUCUUCGACGCCAUGGCGAUGAUCCAGUGCAACACCAUCACCUGGAACACCAUGAUCUCGGGCUUCCUGGACAACGAUGAGCCGCAUGCCGCGAUCCAGGCUCUCCGGAGGAUGGAUCUCGAGGGCUUCCAGGCGGAUCGCGUGAGCCUGAUCGCGGGAGUGUACGCGGCGGCCGGGAUUGGGAGCGCCGCCGCCGGCGAGGAGCUCCUCGCUGCCGGGAUGCUCGAUCUCGACCGCGACUCCAGUGCCGCAGCGGGCGCGAUCCAUCUAUAUGGCCGAUGCUGCAGGCUGGAUCGCGCGCGGGAAAUCUUCGCAUCGAUCGCGCGCCGCGAUGCGCUGUGCUGGGACGCGAUGGUGAGGAGUUUGGCGCACGCCCGGGAGCUCGGGCUCGCGCUGGCGGCGCUGGAGAGGAUGCCGUACAACGACCUCUACGCGUGGAACGCGGUGGUGGCGGCGCACGCCCAGGCGGGGCUUGUACGGCAGGCGGAGGAGCUCUUCGCCGCCAUGCAAUACCGAAACGCAGUGUCGUGGAACACGAUGAUCGCUGGCUACGCCCAAAACGGCCACCACUGCCGCGCUCUCCACCUCUUUCGAUCCAUGGACCUCGAGGGCGUGCCGCCCACCAAGAUCUCCUUCAUCUCCUCGAUCGAUUCAUGCGGAGAGGUGGCGGUGGCCGCGGUGGGGGCGGCGGCGGGGCCGCUCCUCCACGCCGAGAUCGCUGGGAAGAGCUUCGAGUGGGACGUGGGCGUGGCCACCGCGGUGAUUAGCAUGUACGGCAAGCUCGGCCUCCUGGACCGCUCACUGGCGGUAUUCCACGGCAUGCCGCGGAGGACCGUGGUUCCGUACAAUGCCACCGCCGCGGCGCUGGCCGAGAAUGGCCGUUCCCGCGACGCGCUGCACUUCCUCCACACGAUGCUGCUCGACGCCGUUACACCCAGCGACGUGAGCUUCCUCAUCGCCAUCGCGGCGUGCAGCCACGCCGGGCUGUACGAGGAUGGAUUGGAGCGCUCGGCUGGGAUGAGCCAGGAUCACGGGCUUGAUCCCAGCUUCGAUCACUACCUAUGUGUGGUGGAUCUUUUGGGACGGGCGGGGCAGCUGGGCGACGCCGAGGAGCUGCUGUGCGUGAUGCCGUACGAGCCCGACGUGGUAGCUUGGACCGCGCUGCUUGCCGCCAGCGUCAACCACUGUGACGUACACCGCGCGGUGCGUGCCGCCGGGCGGGGUAGUAUAUAUAUUGUCAAAGAUGAAUUAUCUCAGCAAAACUCUUUGACAUUGUUGGGAGCUGGGAGAAUGCUUGUGCAAACAGUGGAGUUUACUUUGAUCACCCAACAAAAAGUGUCACUAAGUUUAACACUUGGCCCUGGUGUCAAUUGUAAGUUCCGGGUGUUCCGGGAGUUCCGGGUGCACGUAUUAUCUGCACUGCUCGCUUGUCGGGCAAGCUUGUUUGCAACGUCUAUGAUGUGCCUCAUGAAUUUUGAAACCACUGGCCAGGGUGUUGCUUAG